AUGAUCUAUCGAGCGGACCUCACCGCGGGUUCCCUGAAAGUAACCGAGAGCCGUAUCAUUGCCGACCUUCUUCUCAGGAGGUGCGAUGACGCGGCUUGGAAGUCAGCAUUGGAAAGCGACAACGUCUUGCAAACUCGCUCACCGGCGACCGCGCGGCGGAUGGGCAGGCUUAUUCGCAACCGAUUAGAGACGAUGACGCCGGACUUGUGGGAGCUUGUUCGAGACGGCAGUCCCAUAGUGGCCACUCACGCCUGCCUGGCUGCUGCCGUAAACCAGAGCAGGCUGUUAGCGGACUUUUUGCAACUUGUCGUAAAGGAACAAGUGAGAGUCUUCUCGUCUACGCUACCUCAAUCGCUCUGGUACGAUUUCAUCGCCAAUUGCCAAGCAAGCGACCCGGCGAUGCAUUCAUGGAGUGCGGCUACGCUCAAUAAGCUAAGGACCACCAUCUACCACAUCUUGGAGCAGUCGGGCUACAUCGACGGCACGAGGACGCUUCGAUUGCAGACUGUGCAUAUCGCCGACGAGGUGGCGGAUUACCUCAACAAGCACGGCCAUCUCGGGGUCUUGCGCUGCAUUCGGGUGACUUCGCUCGAUUUCUUGGGCGGCCAGGGCAUUGGCAACGAGAUCCCGUUCUACGUUUUCGACUAUCCCGCAGAGGACGAGCUGAGGGUGCGGGAACACCUCGCCUUCUUAACCCACAAACUUCCCAAACAGGCUCCGGGCCUGAAAACGAUCCACGUCAACCUCUUUGACUUUCUCAUCGAGAUGGUCAAGGAACGAGGAAAGUUUGAGCAGUGGCUCACUAUCGAGCGUGAGCAGGGGAGCAAAAAGGCACUGAAGGCGGUCGCCGCUAUGCUCAGGGCCGAAAAGCUCGCGAGCCGCUUCGCCCAGGUAGUAAUGAGUCAACAACCCGGCUUAGUGCUGGUGUCGGGCGUGGGAUCAGCUUACCCGAUCGUCCGAACCCACGAAUUGCUGAACAAUCUGCAUAAGCAUAUGGGGCUGACGCCGCUGGUGCUCUUCUACCCCGGCGUUUACGACAAAGUCACCCUAAAGCUGUUCGGUAAAGCCAGCCUCGCCUUCGACUCGUCGUCUGCCGACCGCAAACGCAACGCUCGCUACUACCGCGCCUUCCGACUGAUCGAUUGA